AUGCUCGGUAACUCGAACCAAGCGGGAUGGAACGACUGCGGGUGCUGCAUCUGCAUCCCGCAGGAUUCUGUUGCCAUCAUCGAAAAUUUUGGUAAGUUUGACCAAGCUAUCCUGUGCAAAAGUAUCGUACUCGUAGUAAUUGCUGCUAUGCAUGACAAAUCUCUCUCUUAAGGGAAAACAGCAUUACAAGUUUCAUUUGUAACGCUGAGCGAGUUUGUAAUGCAAUUUAUACUAGUACGAUGGGAUGCUUUUGCAUUCGAUACAAGCCGCCCCCGCCGGGUUCUUCUGCCUCAAAUGCCCCGCUAUGCAUUGCAAAUAUGUUGUCUGGGUCCGGAAACACGUAUAAAACUUCUGAUCUGCAUUUGAGACCAGAACAAAAUCUGUCAUGCAUGGACCGCAAAAGGUGCUCAUUUCUUGUGACCAAAAGAGGGAGCUUGUCAUGCGGAUUGCGCAUCGCCUAACCUGCUCAAAACCUGUGUUGCUAGGACUUGCAUGCCAGAUCUUCUGUGUCAUGCACAAGCAACAUUACAUUCUUCCAGACCCAGACAUGUUUUUUGCAUUUGAUACCCGGGAUCUGGGUGAUGCGCGACUUGGUGACGCUCCGGGUCCAGCAAAAGACGGUGGAGGUGGAGACAAAGACGAAGGAUAACGUGUUUGUGCAGAUUAUGGUGGCGGUGCAGUUUGAGGUGAUUCCUAGUCGGGUGGAAGACGCGUACUACAAAUUGGCGAACCCGAGUGUGCAGAUCCACGCUUACGUUUACGAUGCGGUAAGGACAAGAACUACUUUGGUUUUAUUAAUUUCGAUUUUUCUUGAAUAUGAAUAUCUAUGUCAUCUGUAGUUUUGCAUGUGACCUCGGAUUUCUCAUGCGAAAAUGGAAACCGAAACCAAAUCCAAACUCACUCAGGUCCGCUCCACCAUCCCAAACCUCACCCUGGAUGAGGUUUUUGAGGGCAAGAACGAAGUGUCUGUCGAAGUGGAGAAGCAAUUGACGGAGCACAUGACAAAUUUCGGCUACCAAAUCCACGGAGCACUGAUUGUCGACGUACAGAUUAUUGCAUUUGUGCAGUUCCUUUCGAAACGGAAACGUCAACGUGUGUUGUUGCGGAUUUCCUGCAGGAGAAAACUUUUUGUACUACAGAAACAAACCAUAACCAGGUAUCACCCGCCGCGGCUGUGAAAAACUCAAUGAACGAAAUCAACGCGAACAAACGAAUAUCACAUGUAAAUAUGUCUGCUGGGUCUGGAAAGUUGUGAUGCUAAUAGCCGAAUGAUACGCAGGAGCAUGUAUUAGGUGGCCGCGCAUGACAAGUUUCUGAGCGGCUGUGUCUAGCGCGCAUGACAAAUGGCCUUUUUGCAUGACAAACAAUUGGCACUGUAGCGCACCAAGCAUGACAGACUUUUCUGUCUUGUCGCUCAAGCGCGACAGACUUGCAUUCUUCCAGACCCGCCUGCCAGACAUAUUUGCAUUUGAUAACGAAAACGCAUUGCCGCGGCGGAAGUUGCGGAGGCACAAAAAAUCUUCGCUAUCAAGCGAGCAGAGGCGGAGGCAGAGUCGAAAUACCUGCAGGGUAAAGAUUUCUUGAAGAUGCGCUUUGCACUCUUCCUCUUGCAGCAUGACAGAAUGCUUCCUCGUUAGGGACGAUCGUAACCGUAGGUACGCAUGAGUACUUGUAAUUAAUUUUUUCCGCCAACUAAAACAAAAGCAACCCACGACCAGGUGAGGGCAUCGCCCGGCAGAGGAGGGCAAUCGUGGAAGGGCUGCGGGAUUCUGUCAACGAAUUUUCGGAAAAGAUCGAGGGCAUGAAGGCCAAAGAUGUGCUGGAGUUGGUGUUGAUUACGCAGUACUUUGACACCUUGAAGGAUAUCGGAGAAAAGACGGGGACAAGUACGGUUUUUGUGCCGCACAAUCCUGGAGCACUGGGGGCGUACUCGCAGCAGAUUCGGGGGACGUUUAAGUAGGCGGUGAUAGGAUUAGGAAAGAUGAGCGUGUUGCUUAUUUCACUGCGCCAGGGUUUUUUCAAACCAGAUACCGCUUUGACUCUAUUCUAUGUUUUGCAAUUAUAGACAAGUCGUUCUGUUGGUGGUAACCUUACGUUGGUAGGACCACGGAAAUUUAUUUCUACUGGAACAACAUAUUCGCCGAAAACAGAAACUGCAGUCACAUGAUGUUGCGAACCCUGCGUGGCGGCACUACAAUCGAUGUAU